AUGGGGGCCAGAAAACUCCUGCUCGGCCAGGCAACCUUUUGGUCUCGGCCUUUCUUCCAUGUUCAAGGCACAACUUGUAUCUCCAUCUCCGCGUCUGUUCUGCUCGAAGCUGGCUAUGUUGGGACCCUUACAAUUGAGGUUGAAAGUCUGAGCCGUGGCCAGGUGGCCAGCUACACUACGUCCCUGAUGAUGGACGACCGUGGAUUCAUCCUAGACGCCGAUGCCACUGCCCGAGAUGUCUACAGCAGUCUCCAUGACGACGAGAUUCGCACCUUGCUGCUUGCUCCAGGCGACAAAGGCACUCCUAUCAGCUGCGAGUUGCAGGUGGUACCGUCGCCCAAGAGUACUCAAUUCGAAGCCCUGUCUUACGUCUGGGGUGAGACCACCCCAUCCAACCUCAUCUCUUGCAAUGGCUACGACUUUCCCGUCACCGAGUCACUAUACACAGCUCUUUUGCAUCUGCGGUAUCCUGAUGCCUGGAGAAGGUUGUGGGUCGAUCAACUCUGCAUCAAUCAGAACCAGGGCCAGGAGUUGAUGAAACAAGUCGGAUUGAUGGGAAGCAUUUAUUCCUCUGCAUGCCGUGUGAUUGUGUGGUUGGGCAAGUACGAUCGGCAGAUGUCUUUGGCAUUCGGACUGCUACAGGAGACCUCUCUGAGUCUGAGCCUGGUUCGAUCUGACUUUCUAAACUCGUCAAGUGGACCGUCAACACCCGGAACAAGAUCCCUCACGCCGCGAGGCAAGUCCAAGUCUCCGCGAAUGUCGCGAUAUCCUAGCCGUGCAUCGGGCUCGCGUGAAAGUCUCAGCAGCCUCUCCUCCUCAACUUCCAGCCUCAAUAGCCUGUCGUCUCCCCGACCAAAGAAUAGACGCCACAACACUCCCCCAGCUUUGAAGUACGCAUUGUCAAUUUUCCAGCAUGUCUACUUCACGCGGAAGUGGACGUUCCAAGAGAUAAUUCUGGCAAAGGCCGCAAUCAUAUGCUGCGGCGACCUCGAAAUGGCAUGGAGCGACUUGUCUCUGUGGUAUUUCCACUAUGCGUCAAAACUCCGCAGCUCGAGUCUCCUGUACGACUCCGAUGGCUCCUUUGAGAAUAUCCUGACAGUGAGAAACGAGUUGGACAAAGGCACACUGAAGCUGAGUAAGUUGCUCAUGCUGACCAGGCCAAGGACGAGCACGAAACCCGAAGACGCGGUCUAUGCAUUGCUGGGCUUGAUGCCUGACUUGGUCGAGGCUUUGAACUCCAAGUCGAAAUUGAAACAGCCUUCAGGAGCAGCGUCUUCCCAGGAGGAGAAUCUAUUUCACCUCUAUCUGAAGGUCUUUCUGUACUGUGUGGACAAAGAGCACGACCUGGCUAUUCUAAGUGGCGCCGGCAGGUACAGGACCAGUGCCGAAGCGACUUGGCCAUCCUGGUUGCCGGACUGGAGACAACCCCUUCCACUUCGACCCUUGAUACUCACGGACUCUGCAGAUCUCGACCCGGAUUCGGCCUUUGCUGAAGACUCUCCCAAAGAGGCCUUUCCUGUGCCAGAGGUCAAGAGAUCGCCCAUCUACAAGUUGAGUCCCCGGCCUGGUCUGACAACAGCCUCGAUCUCAGCCCGGGCCUCUCUAACAGUCUUUGGUGUCCGACUCGGGUGUCUAGUCACGCGUUCACUGUCUUGGCCUAAUGUUUUCCUCGUUGCCGACUCACAAGCUCAGUCUUUACUGACCGGCAGACCCGAUGACAACCAAUUUACUCAGCCACUUGCAUCCCUAGCACCAGCAUUCUCCAACAAGACACCGAAAUCUAGCGAGGCUGCAUAUCACGGGCUGAAGCUGAGUUAUGCGGCAUCAUUGUUGCGGAAAUCACUCAAAAUUGGCGCGCAAUGUCGUUCUGUAAGGACUUCGGCCUUGGUGGAGUCUGGAGACUGGCUCUGCGCUUUCAGAGGUGGGAGUGUAUUAUACGCUGUCCGUCCAGCCGAGGGAUUGUUCAACGCCUACCAAGCAAACUCCCCCUCAGUGACAAGGGCAAGAUCGUCAGGCCGUUCCAAAGCAGCAAUGUCUUCGUUCGGCAGCGCAAUUCACCAGCCCACCAAAUACCUAUUCGUCGGCGAAUGUGCAGUGCACAACCUCAACCCAAGCGAGAUCCUGGCUCAGCAAGAUGGGAUGAUGGAGUUUGAGCUGACAUGA